CAGUACCGGUGGAACGUUUUCAAGAACAUCCGCAGCGCCAUCGACCAGAACGAGGGCGGCUUUGAGAAGUUUACAGAGGGUUAUAAAUACUACGGCUUCAACCGCGGGGAGUGCAACGGCCAAACCGGUAUUUGGUACCGCGAGUGGGCUCCGGGAGCCAAGGCUCUGGCUCUGGUUGGUGAUUUCAAUAACUGGACCCCGGCUGACAGCCACUGGGCCUUUAAGAACCAGUUCGGCACCUGGGAGCUCUUCCUGCCGGAUAUGCCGGACGGCACUCCCGCCAUCCCGCACAGGACCAAGGUGAAGUGUCGUUUGGAGACUGCUGACGGCCACUGGAUGGACAAGAUCCCCGCCUGGAUCAAGUGGGCCACCCAGGAGUGGAACGAGAUCCUCUUUAACGGUGUGCACUGGGACCCCCCGGAGAAGGGCGCCCCGGGCGAGGUGGCGGAGAACAAGGCAUACACCUUCAAGUACCCCCGUCCGCCCAAGCCCCGCGCUCUGCGUAUUUACGAGUGCCACGUGGGCAUGAGCAGUCAGGAGCCCAAGGUGAACAGCUACCUGGAGUUCCGGAAGGACGUGUUGCCGCGCAUCAGGGCGCUGGGCUACAACGCCAUUCAGAUCAUGGCCAUCCAGGAGCACAGCUACUACGGCUCCUUCGGAUACCACGUCACCAACUUCUUUGGGGUCAGCAGCCGUUGCGGUACACCCGAUGAGCUCAAGGCGCUGGUGGAUGAGGCUCACCGCAUGGGUCUCGUGGUGCUGAUGGACAUCGUGCACAGCCACGCCUCCAAGAACACCAACGACGGUAUCAACAUGUUCGACGGCACCGACGGAAUGUACUUCCACGGCGGCCCGCGGGGCAACCACUGGAUGUGGGACAGCCGCUGCUUCAACUACGGCAACUGGGAGACAAUGCGCUUCCUGCUGUCCAACGCCCGCUGGUGGAUGGACGAAUACAAGUUUGACGGAUACCGUUUCGACGGCGUCACGUCCAUGAUGUACCACCAUCACGGCCUGUCGUACACGUUCACCGGCAACUACGGCGAGUACUUCGGCAUGAACACGGACGUCGACGCGGUGGUUUAUCUGAUGCUGGUGAACAACCUGCUUCACGACAUGUUCCCCAGCUGCAUCAGCAUUGGGGAGGACGUGUCCGGCAUGCCUUCCUUCUGCCGGCCAUGGCACGAGGGCGGUGUGGGUUUCGACUACCGCCUCCAGAUGGCCAUCGCGGACAAGUGGAUCGAGGUGAUGAAGCUGCACGACGACUUCGCCUGGAACAUGGGCAACAUCGUGCACACGCUCACGAACCGCAGGUACGCGGAGGCGUGUGUGGGCUACGCGGAGAGUCAUGACCAGGCCCUGGUGGGGGAUAAGACCAUCGCCUUUUGGCUCAUGGACAAGGAUAUGUACGAUUACAUGGCCGUACCUGGCAUGGGCCCCCAGUCUCUUAUUGUGGACCGCGGCAUUGCACUGCACAAGAUGAUCCGCCUCAUCACCAUCGCCCUGGGAGGGGAGUCCUACCUCAACUUCAUGGGUAACGAGUUCGGCCACCCCGAGUGGAUCGACUUCCCCCGCGUGGACAGCUACGACCCCUCCACGGGCCGCUUCGUGCCAGGUAAUGGCGGCUCACUGCAUCUGUGCCGUCGGCGCUGGGACCUGGCGGACUCCGACUUCCUUAAGUACAAGUUCCUGAACGCCUUCGACCGGGCCAUGUGCCACCUCGAUAAGGCGUUCGGCUACGUUUGCGCCCCCAACACUUACAUCAGCCGCAAGGAUGAGGGCGACAAGUUGAUCGUGUUCGAGCGGGGUGACCUCGUGUUCGUGUUCAACUUCCAUCCCACGCAGUCCUUCAUGGACUACCGGGUUGGCUGCCGCGAGGCGGGGCCGUACAAGUUGGUCCUGUCCAGUGACGAAGAGGUGUUCGGCGGCUACCGCAACAUCACCAAGGAGACCGACGCCACCUUCCAGACAACGCCCGGCAACUACGACAACCGCCCGCACUCCUUCCAGGUGUACGCGCCUGCCCGCACCUGCGCCGUGUACGCCCCGGCCGCCUGGGCGGAUAAGGACGCCGACCGCAAGCCACACGGUAUACCGGGUCUGGCCGUCAAAGACCUGGGUCCCUACUUUUCGAGGUGA